CUUCCUCUCUUAAAUAGGGCUGCCACAAUGCCUACUCCUGAUCGGCCUUUAGUUCCCCGAAGGGCUUCCUCCACAAGAUUGUCUCGUUCAUUCGGCCUCACCGGCUCCAUUGACCCGUCACGAGGCCUAUUCUCUGCUGGAAUCCCCUGCAUCGCUCGCAUCACCUCCUGUAAUAAGCCAAGCCUUUGUGCCGGCUCUGACUGCAUAAUCGACGUUCAUGCUAGUUUAUCUGCUUAUUCCUUUCUAUCCCCUCCUGUUCAUACCUUACAUCCCCCUUCUACUCCCUUUCUUUCUUCACUUCCUCAUGAUCCUCUAGUACCAUCUUGUAAUUCUCCAUUCUACUCAACAUCUACCAUCAAACCUCAUCUCUACCCCGUGACUAUGCCUUCUUCAGACUUUCCAUCUCAGUCAAUUCCUAUAUACUCUUUCCCUUAUGAUAAUUCCUCUUGCCUAUGUCCCGCAACAGUGUCCCCAUUUUGCACCAGCCUCGCUUCUAGUAGACAUGGCGCUUCGGAGACUAUUGUUACGACAGCAUUGCUUACUGACUGCCCCUCCUUACUGCCUUCGCAAUCUGACAAUGCCCUAGUGAGCAAUUUCAAUUUAUAUUUUUACUUCAUCGGACCAUAA